GUUUUGAAGGAAGUCAGUUCUACUGGCUAUACCCAAACGGGCAACAUGCAGCUUUAUAUUUUUGUCCUAUUAAUCUCUUCAGCAUGGGGACUUCAACUCAGAAAUCCCAUGGAAAAUCCCGAUCUCUUUCAAGGUGAUAUUCUAGGAUUUGAAAAUGUAGACGAACGUAAUGCUGUUCCCGUGGAUUCUCGAAGAUGGCCGAAUGGAGUUAUUCCGUAUAAAAUAGAUAAAGGUCUUGACGACUUAAAAAGUGAAAUCCAGAGAGCAAUGAAGCAUAUCAUGGACAACACUUGCCUAAAAUUCGUUCCAUGGGAUGGAUUAGAGCGAGGUUAUAUCAAGAUCUUUCCCGGCGAAGGGUGCUACUCAUACUGGGGAAGAACGGGCAAGAUCCAACCCGUAUCAUUAGGUUUCGGGUGCGAGCCGAUAGGUACUAUCAUCCACGAGCUGACCCACGCAAUUGGCUUCGAUCACGAACAGAACAGGUCAGACAGAGAUGAUUACCUCAUUAUCUACUGGCAGAACAUUUGGCCUGGUAAGUCCAAAUAUGAAAAAAAAUUCUCUGUAACAAUAUCCCUUGUUUCAGUAGAUUUGGACUUGAAUAUUAUCUCUAAGAUUUCAGAGCUUCUGAUUCGUGGAUCUUAAUUUAUGUUGCAAUUA